AUGUCUUUAUUAUCUUCCAUCAUCAACAACCCAACAGGAUUAAAACCACAUCAACCACUGAUUAUCCUUCAGUCGUCUUCCGCACAGACAUGUUAUCCCAUCUUGAGGAAUCUGAUCUCAAAUUUCAGACCGACUACCCAGACUCUGCUGUUUUGCUUCUUGCAUCCACCAUCAAGCUUGAUAAAUGUCGAUGAGGCUCCAAAUAUCAUUGCGUUCGACUUCACUGAGCGAAUUCCCGGCUACGACGAUUCGUGGUGUGGUCCUCAGGACGAGAUACUAGCUCGCAUCAAUUCUGCACCUCCGGGAUCACUGAAUGUGAUCAUUGACUCUGUGGAUACAUUAACAUCUGACCUCGGAUCCACACCAAAAACUUACAAGUUUAUUCGGACACUCCUCGGGCUCAUUACAACGCGUUCUGAACCUUCGAUCCUCGCAUUACACGUCCAGCCCAGUCCUCUUCUCGAACUAUUGACUCAAACUUCCCUAUCACCAACACUUAUUCAUCUGACUGCGCAUCCCCCGGCCAUCAUUACACACAUCGCCUCUGCAUAUCUUACACAUCCUCCACCAGCUGGUCCGGCAGAUAAAUUCUGGAGUAUCUUCAUCCCCUUCUCUGAGCGUAUACAUGAAAGUGAGCGCCUGGUCUACGGCCCCGAAGGCAAUGGGACGAGUGCCGGUGCAUGGGUAAGCAAGGGCACAAGGGAAUUUGUCGUGGAGGUCCUUAUAAGGGGUGGAGGUAAGCGCGGUGUAGAGAGGAUUGUCGAGGGCUGGAGAGGAGAUGUACCGUGCGACCUGCAAGCUCUCGACAGCCUUAAAAGCAUUUGGACCAGGAGAAAAACGGAGGAGGCACGACCUGAUCCAACACAGAACGUAUCGUUUAAUCUAAAUCUCACGCCAUCACAGGAGAGAUCGCGGGCCCAAGUCCCCCUACCGUAUGCACACGAAGGCAACCCUGUUACAACAACUGGGGCGAUUCUGUAUGACCCUGAUUCUGCCGAUGAUAUCGAUGACGAUGAUCCGGAUGAGGACUUGGAUAUAUAG